AUGGAGAAAAAGAGUCGUUGCUUGCCUUGCACGUUUUUGAUAACCGCGAAUCGCACCGCCAGCACCGCAUCGUACUUCGCGUCACCGCUCGCCAAUUCUCAACGCGAGGCUUUGCUUCCAGCUUGUUCCAAAAGCCUUUCUGUCGACAUCAUGCUGCUUCCUGGUGUCCCGAGCUCCUGCGAAUUUCCACAGCCCUUGGGUUCUGGUGCGUUCCCGAGUUCGUCUCUGGCCGAGCUUCGAGCUGAUCUUGCGGCCACUUCUGGGCCGUCUCCUUUGAAGCGUUCUGGUGCGUUCAGCUGCUCGGUUUCGUUUGUGUUCUGUAUGGCAUCGACGAGCUUUGAUCCUUCGGGCAGGGGUAAGGGCAAACCCCAGGUGCCCAUUGCAAGGAGUCGAAGCCGUGUGCGAUAUGCCUCUAGAGGCCGGAAUAGAGGAUGCCCUGGUAAUCUGAAUCGGGAGAGUUCGAGAGCUCCCCUUACCCGAUCAUGGGUCAAUGUGGCUAGUCUGUCCUCUAAAGGAUAUGAGCUAGGCUUUGCUCCACCUAUUUCGGUGGGGAAGAAAUCGGUAGUGCGGUUGUCUGAGAAUGCUAAGUUUGCUGGUGAUCCGAAAUGGAACUCUUGUCUGGUGGGAUAUUAUAUUGGAAAGAAUGUGCCAUUUAAGAUUACUGAGAUGGCUCUAAAACAGGCUUGGGGGGCUCACCUGUCCGAAGUCCUAGCCAAUGAUGAUGGUUUCUAUUUUUUCAUCAUCCCUGAUGAUGAAUUCAGGAAGAAAAUACUGGAUGAAGGGCACUUGACAGUAUCCAGAAUCCCGUUAGUACUCAAGCAAUGGCAUCAUACAAUGGAGCUGAAAAAAGAUCUUCAAUCUUCGGUUCCUGUCUGGAUUCGGCUAAAGAAUAUACCCUUUGCGUAUUGGUCAGCUCCAGGAAUUAGCGAGAUUGCAAGCGCAGUAGGGAGGCCCUUAUAUGUAGAUCCUUUGACGGAGAAAAUGAAACGUUUAUCAUUUGCUAGAGUCUGUGUUGAAAUUUCUGCAAAACAGGAGAAAUGCGAGGAAGUUGAGGUAUGGGUGGAUGACAAAGCCUUCUCGGUUCAGGUGCUUUAUGAAUGGAGACCGAAUUCAUGUGAGAAGUGCUGUGCAUUUGGCCAUAAUUGCCUGGCAAAGGUAGGCACCAAGCAACCUCCAGUUGCUGCAGUUCAAUCUGUUGCUGCUGCAAAUCUAGUUACUGCUACUGCAAAUCCAGUCUCUGCAGAUCCGUCUACUACAGAUCCUAAUAUCUCUUCCUCCUCGGAGGAGGGAUGGAAGCAAGUCACCAAUAGGAAAAAUAAACACCUCCAGGGACAUAAGGAGAAGCUAGGACUUACUCCUCCAAUCCUGACCUUAAAGGCCAAAAUGGCUGAUGGUCCGAGUAAGAUACAUGCUCCCCGAAGGUCGAUCUCGGAAGGUGAUGGGAACUCCUUAGCUCUUGCUAUCUCUAAGCCUGUCGAAGCUGUGGCAGCUUUGUCUUCUGGAGAAGAAUUGGAGGAGGAUGCAAGGGCUGUUAGCAAUAGUAGCAGUGAGGAAGGGGAUUCAGCCCCUGGUUCGCCAAGCCUCCAGGAUGCUUCUCAACCUCGGCCUAAGACGCCGCAUAUUCAAAAGGCCCCGCUGAAGAUUUCUUCUAUGGCCAAUCCCUCUAAUGCUCCUAAUAAGGGGUCGAGCAGGAGGAGGCCACCCAGACGAAGGGGAUUGGGAAACCCUGUUAAGCAAGCCGAAAUCAGGAAUUUUGUUAGGUCCAAUAAUCUUUGCUGUGUUGGUAUUAUUGAGACCAAGAUCUCCGAUGCUGCUUUUAAUUCGGUAUCCUCUGUUUUAUUACCUGGUUGGCGGUGGGUUAAUAACUAUAAUUAUUCCCAUAAGGGGAGAAUUUGGGUGGGUUGGAACCCCCGGGAGGUCGAUUUUUUGGUUAAUACCUCCUCGAAGCAAGUCAUCCACGGGAGGCUUCUUUGGCUGAUUUCGGGUAAGGUCUUGUUUCUUUCGGUAGUCUAUGCCGAGCACUGCUUCAUGUCUAGAAGGCCUCUAUGGGAAGAUCUUAUUCAUACCAAUGGUAUCCUUUCCUCUACUCCCUGGAUUGUUGCUGGGGACUUCAACGCAAUCCGUGACCCUUCGGAUAGAGUGGGUGGUUCAAAUGCUUGGAUCCCGGCUUUCGAUGAAUUUAAAGAUUGUUUGACCCAAGCGGGCCUAGAUGAUCUGCGUUAUACUGGAUAUAGGUAUACUUGGACUACUUCAUCUGGUCCUAACCGCAAGCAGAGGAAAAUAGACAGAGUGUUGAUAAAUGGCUGUUGGAAUUCGACAUUUUCUUAUUCGGAAGCAUCCUUUUUGGCUCCAGGCAUAUCAGAUCAUUCCCCGAUGCUUGUUAAGGUUAUGCAGGUACCAAAAUCUUCCAAGCCAUUUAAGUUCUUUAAUUUCUGGAUGACCCAUCCAGAUUUCUUUUCAUUGGUUUCGGAAGCUUGGCUUUCUCCUAUUCAAGGCUCGCCCAUGUUUACUCUCUGUGCAAAGCUUCGGCUUCUGAAAUGCAAGCUGAAACAGCUCAACAAAGAAGCAUUUUCUGACUUGUCUAUGAGAACGGCUAAGGCCAGGCGAGCUCUCCAUGCUACUCAGGAUGCAUUGCAAGCUGAUCCCUCAAAUGGUCGUCUUGCGGAAGCCGAGAAGCAGCAGAUUCAAGUUUUCACGGACUUGCGACUUCAAGAGGAAUCGUUUUAUCGGCGAAAAUCCGAGGUACGGUUGAAGGAUGGGGACCUUAAUACCAAAUUUUUUCACCAAGUUGUGAAUAAGCGUCACCUUCAAAACAGAAUUAUAUCUGUGACUAAUGGAAAUACCACUACCGUUGAGCCUUCGGAAGUCCAGAAGAUAUUUGUUGAUCAUUUUCGUGAUCUUCUUACUGCAACUCCUGCUGUCGCCUAUCCUACUAUGGAGGAGAUCCGAGCAGUGCUUAAGCAGACUCUAGAUGUGGAUCAGGUGCGGUUUCUAUCUGCCCCUAUUUCGGAUGAUGAAAUUAAAGAUACUUUGUUUUCUCUUGCCACCGGAAAAGCUCCCGGGCCUGAUGGUUUCAAUGUUGAGUUCUUCAAACACUCUUGGGAUGUUGUUGGUGCUUCGGUUAUCUUGGCGGUUAGAGAUUUCUUCGUAACAAUUGAGUUGUUGAAGCAAAUUAAUACAACCAUUAUUGCCCUUGUGCCCAAAAUCCCCAAUGCCUCCACUUUGUCCAUGACUUCGAGCCUAUUGCGUCUUUGUAACACUAUUUAUAAGUGUAUCACUAAGCUGAUUGCUAAUCGUUUAUCUCGUGUGCUGCCAUCCAUCAUUAGUUUGCCUCAAAAUGCAUUCGUGAAGGGUAGGCAUAUCAAUGAUAACAUUUUGGUUGCUCAAGAAUUGUUCAGUGGGUUUCACCAUGAUCCGUAUCGGCCCAAAUGCGUAAUCAAGGUUGAUUUUAGGAAAGCAUACGAUACAGUUAACUGGGAAUUCAUUGAAGUUUGCCUUCAAGCUUUCGGCUUCCCUCAGCACUUUAUUGACCGAAUUAUGAGCUGUGUUCGUUCUCCAAAAUUCUCGGUAUCCUUAAAUGGAGAGCUGCAUGGAUUUUUUACAAGUGGCAGAGGUAUCCGCCAAGGUGACCCUAUGUCUCCAUACAUAUUCACUCUUGUGAUGGAAGUAUUUUCUGGUUUAUUGGACAUUCAAACAGGCAGGCCUGGCUUCGGUUUUUUCUGGAGAUGUAAAUCGACCAAGCUCUCCCAUCUAUUCUUUGCGGAUGAUGUCCUUUUAUUCUCGGAAGCUAGCUUGGCCUCUAUUGAUCUCUUGAAGGCUGGAAUUGAUUCAUUCUCCAAAUGGGAGCGGAUUGGAGCCGAAUCGAAUAAAAGUGAAGUGUUCAUAGCUGGUGGUUCGUCUGAUCUUCGAAGUGGGAUCUUGAACAAACUUGGCUUCCAGGUUGGUUCUCUCCCUUUCCGAUACCUUGGAGUACCAGUUAUAUCCGCAAGGCUAGGUAAAGCGGAUUGUGUUAUGCUGGUCAAUGCAAUAACAGCUCGCGUUCAAUCUUGGACCCAUAGAUUCCUGUCAUUUGCUGGUAGACUUCAGCUCAUUAAGUCUGUGCUCUACUCUAUUCAAGGCUUUUGGGCAAGUGUAUUCUUCCUGCCAUGUGCUGUUUUAGAUAGAAUUGAGAAAAUCCUCCGCCAAUUCCUUUGGAAGGGGCCGAUGUUGGGUCUAGGCGGGGCCAAAGUAGCCUGUUCUUGGGCUUGGAAAAAGCUCCUCCGCCUUCGUAGUAUUUAUCAGCAGCAUUUUAGAUGGAGGAUUGGCAAUGGCAGGUCUGUGUCAUUUUGGUUUGAUCCGUGGCAUCUUAAUGGCCCUCUCAACCGCCUAUUCUCUAACCAGGAGAUCUACCGUUCUGGCAUCCCUAGAGAUGCCUCUCAUUGUGAUGCUCUCUCCACGCCUUUAGGCUGGUAUGUCAUUAAUAUUAUGGCCAAUUGGUGGGAUCCCAUCCCUGAAUUUAACCAGCAAGCGGAUCGUUUUCAGUGGAUUCGGCACCCCUCGGGCCGUUUCUCAACAGCUUCUGCCUGGGAAUUAUUGAGGCCGAAAGGUGAUGCUGUGCCCUGGUCCUCGUUCGUGUGGAGCUCCUCCAUACCGCCGAGAUACCAAACCCAUCUCUGGCUUAUUACUCGUAAUAGACUGCCAACACAGGUCCUGCUCCUCUCCUACGCCAGGAUUCCAACAGCUCUCUGUCCCUUUUGCUCCCGUAGGCCUGAUUCGGUGAACCACCUCUUCUUCGCGUGCCAAACUCCGGGUAAUCUCGCAUCCUUCUGGGCUGCUAAGUUUAAUAUUUUGUGGCGUAACAAAUCCUGGCAAGAGAACCUGGUUUGGGCGAUGAAGCACUUCUCGGAUAAGAGCUUUUAUAACUCUUUGGCUAUGUUUAGCUUUGGAGCCCUUUGCUAUAUCAUUUGGAAGGAGCGCAACAAUAUUAUUUUCAGAAACCAGACUUUAUUCCUCCCGGCGAUGAAGAUGCAUCUCCAGAAGGCAAUCAAGGAUAAGGCGUCGACCUUUAAGCAUGUGAUAGAUACCCCGAAGAACAGAAGACUCGCAAUGAGCUGGGACUUGAGUCCUUCUAUCUUUCUUUGA